AUGGAGCUACAUGACAGCUAUUGGUCUAAAGACCAGGACUUAAAGAGAGGUUCCAAAGGCAGUUCUUUAACAAACCCCAGGCAAACCCCUCACUAUCAGGAUCUUGUCCGCCAAUCCCUUCUGUCAUCUGUGCCCUCAUCUGCGCCUAGGCAAGGUAGCAGUCAACACGCCACUGCCCUUGUAGUAACCCUAGCAGCUGUCUUCCUAGGGGCAAGUCAAGGUAAGCAGGUCAGGUUAGCAGAGCAGGCGGUAGCUCGAGAUCUCCUUGAUGAGUUCCUCCGGGCAGGUGCUAGGGCAAGGUAA